CUAUUGCAGUGCUCACACCCCAUCAAUUUUGGAACUUGUCCCUAAGAUUCGGUGCAACAAUAAUAAAGAAAUAUCGUAGAAUCCCAAUUCCAAUUGAAUCCUUAUUCCGACACUACGCACGGUAUUCUUAACAUUGUGAUAAGUAAAUCAUAACGGUACCGAAGCAAUAACAUGGCUGCUAUGGUGCAAGACGAUAAUAUGGUACCGGAAGAAAGGGUGUCGUCUCCUAUCAAUAGCAGUGGCGAUGCCCAGCUUAUGGCACGGUUGUCAAUUGCAGAUGGUAGCGAAGGAAAAACGAAAUUGUCAUCGGCCUCGAACAUCAGCAGCAACAACAAUAAUGGUAGCAACAAUGUCCGCCGGAACUCGAAGCACACUGUCAACGAGGAGAUAAGUCCUUCCGAUUCGUUGAAAGCGCAGGCGCCUCAGGCAAGAGACAUCAAGUCCUCGGACUUGAUGCGCGGACCUCCUGCACGGACGUCGUCUGGAAAAAAACGAAGCAACAACCACAACAAACAGACCACCAACAGCAAGGCACAAGAAGCCAGCAAAGCUCUGCAUUCCUUGCAAGCAUCGGCAGCCAAUAAUGACCGAAUCAUCCGUGCCACGCCGAAGGGAUCGUCCGCUGGAGCCCAAACGAGGGCAUCUCCCCCAGAAGAAGAACCAUAUAUUGAAGAAGACGAAGAAAGCUCGGAAAUGUCUGCCUCGGACGAGGAUGGAUCGUGGAUUACCUGGUUCUGUAGUUUACGAGGAAACGAAUUUUUCUGUGAGGUCGACGAAGAUUAUAUUCAGGUGGGUUGUUAAUUUUUUAAUUGUCGGAUGGAUGCUGUGUGUGACUCGUUUUUGGAAGAUAUAGAACACGUUUUGGGAUAUUUCUUCUCUGCGAAGUGCUUGUGUGUUAUGUCUGUAUGAUGGCUUUUCAUGAUUGCAGCCUAAAAAGUCGUUUGUGUCCCAUUUUCAAUCAUUUUCAUAUUAGGACGACUUCAAUCUGACAGGUUUGAGUAGUCUUGUCCCUUAUUACGAGUAUGCUUUGGACAUGGUGUUAGACGUUGAAAUGCCCAUGGAAGAUUCGUUGACGGAAGAACAACAGGAAAUCGUAGAAUCGGCAGCCGAAAUGCUCUACGGACUCAUCCAUGCACGGUACGUGAGAUGAGAGUAUUGCAUCGUUUUUCUGAGAUGGAGCUGAAUGCGAAAGCAUAUAUCCGGAACAAUAUAUCUCAUGUUUAUUAUUUGAUUUGGAUCGAUUUGGUUGAUCGUUUGUAUAUUCAGGUACAUUGUCACCAAUCGAGGAAUGCAUGCCAUGUACGAAAAAUAUAGAACAGUAGCCUUUGGACGAUGUCCCAGUGUAUUUUGUCAGGGACAGCCCGUGCUUCCUGUUGGGCUCUCGGAUCUUCCGAGAAACUAUACGGUGAAUGUCUUUUGUCCUAGGUGCCACGGACUAUUUUUCCCGAAGAGCACGCGGCAGGCCAACAUCGAUGGUGCCUACUUUGGCACUACCUUUCCACAUCUAUAUCUCAUGACACAUCCGGUAAGUUGACAUAAAACAGCGGAUCAAGAAACAUUGUAAUUUUCUUUCCAACCAAUGUCUUCGAAACUAUCAGCUCAAUUCUAUUGUUUCCGUGUUCAUGCUUUCGACAGGAUAUGAUCCCGGCGAAACCGUCACAAACUUACGUUCCAAGGGUUUACGGGUUUAAAGUGAACGAGUCGAGCCUGUUUUACAAAAAUCACGAAGAAGGACCUCCGAAAAAGUCAAUAGAUGGUUCUGGGAGACAUAGCCGGCGUUCGAGUGGUAGAAGUCGUAGGAAAUAACACGGAGGCAAAGCCGGCGUUCGAGUUGUUGAAGUCGAAGGAAAUAAAAUACUCAAAUCAACGAGCUGAACAGAUUUCUUGCUCUGUUUCCUCCAGCAAGCGUUUUGAUAGCGUCGGAAUGCCUCGAUCCUAUACCGUACGUCCUGCUUUCUUGAGAAAUGUUGAUAGGCGACAGGAAUAGACCUUGGACAGAUUGGGUUAAAAGAAAUGCUAGGAGUUCUAAACAACAGAGGCGCAUCCAACCGGAUAAAGGUUGCCACUGACUCCUCUAGUGUUAAAUAUUUAGACU